ACGAGCGGAUGACAGGUUUGGAUACUGUCAAAAGUCUUAUGGAAGUGAUUCGUGGAAGUCCCGGGUGUUUUUAGGAUAAAUUUCCGAAAUUUGCCCUACGCGCGUAUUACAUUAAACUAGCAAAAACAUGCCGAAGAAAAAGACCGGGCAACGUAAAAAAGCUGAAAAGCAAAAGCUUCGACAAAAAGAAAUUCGAAAUCGCGAGGUCUCGUUGGCAGAUUUCCCAUGCAAUGCACCGAUGGAAUGCGAGAAAUGCCAAAAGAAGCAGAAGUCUCGUGCGUUUUGCUACUUUUGCCAGAGUUUGCAGCGUCUUCCGAUAUGUGCGCAUUGCGGCAAGGUGAAGUGCAUGCUGAAGACCGGGGACUGCGUUGUGAGACAUCCUGGAGUUUUUACCACGGGAUUGGGGAUGGUUGGAGCAAUUUGUGACUUCUGUGAAGCGUGGGUUUGCCAUGGAAGGAAGUGUCUGCAAUCGCACGCUUGCACGUGCCCGUUACAGAACGCCAUUUGCAUCGAAUGUGAAAGAGGAGUCUGGGAGCACGGAGGCAGGAUAUUCAAGUGCUCAUUCUGCGAUGGCUUUCUUUGCGAAGACGAUCAAUUUGAACAUCAGGCGUCAUGCCAAGUUUUGGAAUCAGAAAAUUUCAAAUGUCAAUCAUGCAAUCGUCUCGGACAAUAUUCGUGUUUACGUUGCAAGACUUGCUACUGUGAAGAUCACGUUCGAAGGAAAGGUUUCAAGUACGAAAAGAACAAGGCAAUACCUUGUCCAAAAUGCAAUUAUGAAACAUCCGUAACAAAGGAUCUCAGCAUGUCAACUCGAAGUCAUCGUUUCGGUCGGCAAGCGCAAUACGGCGAUUACGAUAGCGAUGAAGAGGGAGCCGGAGGUUAUGGCGGCUAUGGUGGCUAUGGAGCUUACUAUGGAUCAGGUACUAAUGCCAAUAACGAUGAUGACGAAGAUGAUGAGGACGAUGAGGACUACGAUGAAGAUGAUGAUGAUGAUGAUGAAGAAGAUGAAUCGGAAGAGAGUGACGCUGAGUCUGAUGCCAAUAGUCAGGAUGCUGAUAAAGGUGUUGACGAGAAGUCAUCUAAGGCGUCUACUUCUAAAAAUUAAUAAACAAUUGUAGGAAAAUCUUUUGUUAUCAAUCAAUAAUCAAAGUAGAUAAAAUAAUUAAAA